AUAAAAAAAGGUAGAGAGAGAAACCGCUGCAUAUCUUCAGACCUUCGUCGCAGUGUAUCUUCACCGCGAUUAUACAUACACAUAUACGGCGUCGGUAUACGGAAUCCAUCCCUCACAUUCUGAGUUUUCUCUGUGUAGUAGUACAUCCAAAUAUGAACUUCUUCUCCAAAAAACCUACCGCCAAAGAGGCACUUCGGGAGAGUAAGCGAGAAAUGACCAAUGCCACUAGAGGUAUAGAAAGGGAAAUUAAUACAUUACAGUUAGAGGAAAAGAAACUCGUUGCUGAGAUAAAAAGAACUGCGAAAACAGGGAAUGAGGCAGCAACAAAAGUUCUUGCACGUCAAUUGAUCAGGCUUCGGCAACAAAUAGCCAACUUACAAGGUAGUCGAGCUCAGAUGAGAGGUAUAUCGGUUCACACCCAGGCUAUGUCUGCCCAAACUUCUGUAGCUGUCGGUAUGAAAGGUGCAAGUAAAGCUAUGGCAGCAAUGAAUAAGCAAAUGGACCCUAUAAAGCAGGCAAAGGUUAUGCAGGACUUUCAGAGGCAAUCAGCGCAAAUGGAUAUGACUACUGAAAUGAUGUCAGAUGCCAUAGAUGAUGCUCUCGAUAACGAUGAGGCUGAAGAUGAAACCGAAGAUUUGACAAAUCAGGUGCUGGACGAAAUUGGUGUGGAUGUUGCCUCACAGUUGUCAGCUGCUCCCAAAGGGAAAAUUGCUGGGAAGAACACUGAGGAUGCUAGCAGUUCAAGCAUGGAUGAACUGGAGAAGAGGUUAUCAGCCCUUAGAAAUCCUUGAGCUUUAAACAUAUCAUCAUCGACUCUUGUUUCUGCUACGAAAUUCAGUUUCAAAUUCUCUCCUACAUUUAUACUUUUUGUAUAUAGUUAUCACUUCCCUUGCUAUUACUUCUGGAAUUUGUCUAUUAAUUGUUACACAACAUUUUUCGAUUAAUGCAAUUAACUUCUGGAUCA